AUGGUAUACAACAAAGAUGUGCCAGUAGCGUUAAUUAGCUUCCACGACUGUAGCCUUUUCGCUAAAAUCAAAAUGAGCAUAGGGGCUCACGUUGUGGAAAUUCCUUGUGAGGUCAAGAAAAACCCGGCAGAAGAAAAGAAGGCAAAAUCAACAGAAGCAAAAGCGAAGAAGGAAAAGAAAGCCAAAGAUCUGAAUACACCGAAACGCCCUCCGACUUCCUUCUUCCUUUUCAUGGAUGACUUUAGGAAAGAGUACAAUGAGGCUAAUCCUGACUGCAAGAGUGUAAAAGAGGUUGCCAAGGGGGGUGGUGAGAAAUGGAAAUCCAUGAAAACUGAAGAGAAAAAGUUCUAUCAGGAUAGAGCUGCAGAACUUAAAGCAGAAUAUGUCAAGGCCUUGAAGUCAGACAAAGAAGAAAAUGAACAUGACAAAAAGGACUCUACAGAGAAGGAAGCAAAGGAGGAGGUAAUAGUUGAUGAUGAAUAG